AUCAGUGAUCACGUGUCACCCACUGGGAUCCGCUGAAGUUGGAGAAAAGUUUUCAAGUCCGAGGAACAUCGAAAGAGCUGCAAAACAUCCAGGAAGUUGGACAAAUCAGACAAUUCCAACGGGUCUUAGCUGUCUGGAUUGAGGAUGGAGUCCGUAGCACAGAAAGUGCUCACAUCGGGGUUUACACUUGACCUGGGACCUCUCAAAGAGCCCCUUGCCUUUAUCCGUUUGCUGGAAUGGGUUUUUGCCAUAUUUGCCUUCGCUACAACUGGAGGUUACUCCGGCUCCACCCAUGUCAACAUCCAGUGCCAUGGCACAACCGCCACAGAAAUACAAGCAGCCUUUGCGUACCCAUUUAGGUUGAUGGCGCAUCCCUAUGAGGUACCUGACUGUGUGAUCAAUAAGACUACCACCUCUAAGUUCUACCUGACUGGAAACCAUUCAUCCUCGGCUGAGUUUUACGUCUGUAUUGGAGUGUUUGCCUUCCUCUACAGCACAGCAACUCUUGUCAUUUACUUGGGUUACCAGCACGUGUAUAGAGGAUCCAACCGUGGCCCAGUCGUGGAUCUGCUGGUGACUGCGACCUUUGCCUUUCUGUGGUUGGUGUCAUCCUCUGCUUGGGCUAAAGGCUUGACUGAUGUGAAGUGGGCCACCAGUCCUACAACCAUUGUGUCUCUUCUUGCUGUUUGUAAGGAUAGUGCCAACAAAUGCACCCCAGGUGCUAUGCCUCACAUGGGCCGACUCAACGCAUCAGUGAUUUUUGGUUUUCUCAACCUCAUCCUGUGGGGUGGAAACUGCUGGUUCAUUUACAAGGAAACACCGUUCCACAAAUCGGCCAAUCAGCCUGCAGAUGCAGAGGCGGGAGUUAGACCAUCGUAACUCUGCAGCUUCCUCUUCUCAAAGUGUCUAACCGUUAGUUUUAUUGAAUGAAGCAUUUGAUACUAAUUGAUGAAUAUGAAAAAAAACAAAAAACAAUGCAGAUUUCAAAGUGUACUUUCUAAAACUGACUGUUACUUUUUGCUGUUUUUUCUACAUAUAAGGUUGUGUUGUGUCAAAUACGUUUUGUAUUUCUGAAGUACUAAAACUGGAACAGAUGGUACUAAAACUGGAUGGAGUAUUUAGACUGAUCCGCAUUUAGGGAAUUGUAGAAGUCAAAAUGUUAUUGAUGGAUGUUAAGUUUGCAUAUUUUUAACAUAUUUCUACCCAGAUAUCCAAAGUCAAAUGAAUCUUAUCUCAUAUGGUCCUGCAGACGUACACGGUACAAAGUGGUCGUACUUGCAUCAUAAAGCAGCAUCACUAGAGUCACCCUGUUAACAGUGUGUUCAUGUGGUUCUGAUAUUAGCAAUGUCUGAAAAAACUCAGGGUUAUUGGGUGUACAAAUUAUAUAAUACCUAGUAAAAGUCAAAUACUUGAAAUAAAUGUUUUAAUUAGUUUAUAUAUACUUUAGACACUUAUUUUUAGCCCAAUCCUAAAACUAUAUCAGAAAAUGCCAUUAAUUAAUUAAUUAAUUGGAUUAAUCAAUUACAUGUUAGAUCAGAUUUGGAAGAAUGGUAUUCAGUUGCCGAUGUGAGAUUAUUUCUGAAUCAAAGCAAUUUAUUUAAUCCUAAUUUGUGUUUUCUUUUGUGCUUUCUUUGAUAGAACCUCCUACCUACUUUUUGAGGCUGUUGCAUAUAAAAUUAAACAAUCUUUAGAUAGUUGCAUGAAAUAAUACAUUUUUUGGCUUUUUGCCUACAUCUUGGGGAUGUCUAAAUAAAAUAUUUUUAGGGAAGUACUAAAGAAUUCCUAGAGUUCUGUUUAUCCUUUGUUCGAUGGAAGUUGCUGUUUUUAACAUGUUUCUGACUGAUGACUAACUUGUUACUUAUUUGCUGACUUUUUUUUUUUUUUUUUGCUUUGGUCUAGCUUCUACCUCCACUUUUUAUAAGGGAAAGCUAGUUGUUAUUCUUUGUUGCUGCCAUGACUGUCUUUUCCUUCUUCAGUUGACAUGUAGCCUUGCUUUAUUUACAUUUCAUAACUUGUGAUGAUAAAAAUGUAAACAUGUAUGAGACUGGAGAGCCCUUAAUAAGACAAAGGAAGGUACUGUGUGGACAUAAAAUGUGCAUUAAUAAAACAAAGCGCUGCAUUUGUUAUGCCUGA